AUGGCAACUUUUAAGGGAGCUGCUAGAGAGGCACAAAGAGCCGCUCUGUUGAUGAAACAGCGUGAAAAGGAGCGACAAGAACUAGAACUUCAGAAAAGGAAACUCGAGGCAGAGAUGCGUGUCGGUGAAAUGUCCACCAAAUUUGCUGUACAUUAUGAUGCUAUUGAAUAUCAAUUGAAAAAUAACACAAUUGGCCUGGUAACUUUAGAUGAAAUGAAAGCACGACAGAAGGCUUAUCUGACUCAAAGAGAGAAGGAAUUAGCCCUAGGAAACUCGAAAGGACUCGCACACAAGUCAGACAAUUCUACAUUAGAAAAAAAGAAUAAACUUCAGCCUUCUUUGCUGUCUUUCGCUGAAGAGGAAGAUGUCGAGGAUGAACUAAAGUCAUCCACCGCUGUAGACAAAUCUGAGUCACCCGAUAAAACCGAACAAAAUCCUCAGUCAGAAGAAGUUCUAACUGAUGGAGAAGGUACCGUUAAGUCUGACAAUGAGUCUUGUACUAAACGAAGACGCUUGGGGAAAAAUCCAACUGUUGACACCAGUUUUCUACCAGAUAUUGACAGAGAUGAAGAAGAAAAACGUCUAAGGGAAGAACUUCGAAGGGAAUGGGUGGCAAAACAAGCUGCAAUCAAAGAAGAGGAAAUAGUUAUCACGUACAGCUACUGGGAUGGAUCUGGACAUCGCAAACAAGUGCGGAUGAAAAAGGGUCACUCCAUCCAUUUAUUUUUACAUCGUUGCGUAGAACAACUCCGUAAAGAUUUCUCUGAAUUAAAGUCUGCCAGUGCAGAUCAAAUGAUGUAUAUCAAGGAAGAUUUGAUUAUUCCUCAUCAUUAUACAUUUUAUGAUUUUAUUGUAACUAAGGCCCGUGGUAAAUCUGGACCAUUAUUUUGCUUUGAUGUUCACGACGAUGUUCGUAUCCGAAUGGAUGCAAAUGUAGAAAAAGAAGAGUCACAUGCUGGAAAAGUCUGUUUACGUAGCUGGUAUGAACGUAAUAAACAUAUUUUCCCCGCUAGUCGAUGGGAACCAUAUGAUCCUGCAAAGAAUUGGGAUCAUUACACCGUAUCAGAUAAGAUGUCUGCAAAGAUUACUGUCAAAUGA